CUCCCUCCUUCUCCAUUCAAUAUCAACAAUAAUAUAUUGCAAACUUUGCCUUUUGUACUUACUUUCUCCCCUCUUUCUCUGUGCUUCCCCUCUUUAGCUUGACUGAUUGUCGCUGUUGUUGCUCCUGUUGGUGUUUGCAACUUGUUUAACCCUCCAUGGGAGAAUCAGAAGCUGUGUAGGCAGAGAGAGAGAGAGAGAGAGAGCGAUUUGGUUCGUGGGUUUGCUUGCAGGCACCAAUUAUGGACAUUGGGGGUUCAGGGGGAAACACUUUCCCCUCCCACCACUCUGUUUCUUCCUUCUCUCCUCCCAAUUCGUCCUCCUCUUCUUCUGUUACUUCAGCUGCCGAGUCCAACAGCAUCAAUGGGUUGCAAUUUGGGCAGAAGAUCUAUUUCGGGGAUCAUGUGGGUCUGCUCUCCACUUCUCCACCCGCCGCCAGGCCGCCUUCCGGCGCCGCCGCCAGGCCGCCUUCCGGCGCCGCCGCCAGGAAGGCUCCACAGCCGCAGCAGCCGCCGCCGCAGCAGCAGAUUAUCCCAAGGUGCCAAGUUGAAGGUUGCAGCCUGGAUCUGAGCGAUGCCAAGCCUUACUACUCCAGGCACAAAGUCUGCGGGACUCACUCCAAGACCCCUACCGUCAUUGUUGCUGGCUUGCAGCAGAGGUUCUGCCAGCAGUGUAGCAGGUUUCAUCAGCUCUCGGAAUUCGACCAAGGGAAAAGGAGUUGCCGCAGGCGGCUGGCUGGGCAUAACGAGCGCAGGAGGAAGCCCCCAUCUGGCUCGUUGUUGUCAUCUCGCUAUGGCAGACUGUCGUCGAGUCUUUUCGAUGACGGUGGAAGUGGCAGGGGCGGGUUUCUUCUCGACUUCAGUGCAUUCCCGAGGUCACCCGGCAGGGAAGCAUGGCCGCCGUCUGGGCGAUCAUCUGAAACUGCAGCGGGAAGGUCGGUUCCCCAUCUCUGGCAGCAGAAUCCCCCGCCGAAUGUAUACCACGGUGGGACAGGGUUUCCAGGUUCGGGGGAAUGUUACAACAACAACACAGGGGUCGGCAGCAUCGUGGACUCGAGCUGUGCUCUCUCUCUUCUGUCAAAUCAGCAACAAUGGAGCUCCAGAAGCAGCGCAUCGUCGUCAAGUCACGCCAUCAGCGGCAGCAACUUGGUGGUGGAUGUGGAAGGAGCAGCACCCAUCACAACUCCUCCCGGUGGUACUACUCCUCCUUACCAUAACACCUGGGGUUUCAAGGGCGGCAGUGAUGGUGGUGUUAGCAGUUCGCACGGGAUGAUGCAUUCUGAUCUCGGCCUCGGUCAUGUUCCACCGCCUUCGGGUACCAGCACCCAGCUGUCGAGUGAGCUCGACAUGUCGCUUUUCUCGAGGAGGCAGUUUAUGGAUAUGGAGGAGCAUUCCAGACCACCAUAUGGCUCCUCCGACAAUCAGCACAUCAACUGGUCGCUCUAAGCAGCCUCUGCCGGUUUGUGAACUUGUUAAGCUUUUUUUCCAACGAUGGGAAUGAAUCUCCAUCUAGUUUUUCUGCAACCAUGUUAAGGGACAACAGCUCGCGGAAGAACUUGGCUUUGAAGUAUGGCAUAACUUGUUGGCCUGUAUUUGCUAAAAUGAUGUACCAGGAUAAUGGAUGCUACAUUUGCUAUUGACUAAUGUAUUCGUCAUUAGCUAAUCUAUCGUCGGUGAUCGUGUCGCAUAAGAUGCAGAAAUGAGCCGAGAAUCCCUUCAUAAACCUGGGGAAGGCCAUAGACUGCACUUGCAAAUGAGCUUUCACUCCAAAUGAGCUUGCAGUGGUUCAACCAUGGAGAUAUAUCAGCCACCAACAUAUUCUGUAAUGGCAUCACAGAGCAACAGAACACAGUAAAACAAGUAGCCACUUGCAGAUAUCUCGCCUACUGUUCUGCCCAUCAGGGAGAUAGAAAAAUGGCGGGAUAAAACUUGUAAUGCAAGAUUCUGUGUUUGCACAGUAAAACAAGUAUACCUCUUUUGUCCUGUCGC